AUGUGCUAUGGCAAAAGGGCACAUGCGGUGGGCACGGCAGGCCGAUCGCUGCAGCUUAUCAGCGGCGGGAGUGCCAAAGGUCGAGGGCCCCGACCGCCGCGAUUGUGGUUCUGGUAUGAUUUUGCAGAUGCAGCCGCGGCUCGGGUGCGGGAAGCCAUCGGAGCCGUGCGUCGUCGUCUUACAGAGUCGGAGUCGGUGUGUCGAUGGUGCAGCGGCGGUGCGGCCGGUUAUGAAGGUCCGCCGUGUCCGCAGUGGACGACGGGCCUUGACAGCGGUUGCACGGCGCCAGUUGGCCGGAGGCAGAAUGGGCGUUGGGACGGGACGUCUUGGCCCACGCAGCGCGAACGUCGACGUCAGACGCACGGAGCUCUUGCACGCCGGCCUGCUUGGCUGCGGCUAGGUGCUGACGCCGGGGGACGUGAAUGUACCCAGCUGGCGGCGGGCGCACCGUAUGUAUUGGUUGAUGUAUGCAUGUGUGAAGUAACUGCUCGUGUCAGGCUGCUCCACUUCCACCGAUAUAUAUAUAUAUAUAUACUUAUCGAUGGAUGUAUGUACAUCUUCGCCCGUCCUGGCUGUCCGGUAAUGGCGCCUCAGAUCUCCCUGUGGUGUGGUGUGUGGGUGGCCCACAGGGAGAAGCGGAUCUCCAUGCUCAUGGUUAGUCGUGGUCGGGGUGCCGCGCAAGCAUGCUGGCAAGUCCACAGUUCGGCGCCGAUCCACUGCAGCCUGGCUAUUGUUGGUUUGUUGGCCUUGCUUGUUGGCCCUGUUGAUGCUGCAUUGCUGCGUUGCUGCUGCCAUUGCUGCUACCGCUACCGCUACCGCUGCUGCUCCUCCCUCAUCCCCAAUCCUUCCACUAUGCAUGCCAUGCCCUGCCCUCCCUCUGUGCCUCUCUCCCCAUAUGCAUGCAUCGUCUCCCUGCCUCCCACUCCCCCUCCCCCGUCGCAGACUCGCUCUUGA